AUGGAAAUAACAGAGGCGAUUACAAGAGAGAGAACCAUAUGUCCGAUAUGCAAGGAGGAGUUCAAAUUAGGAGGAGAUGCAGGCAAAUUACCUUGCGGCCAUUUCUUUUGCUUCGAAUGUAUCCAUGUUUGGCUUAACUUUGACCAAAACGAUACUUGCCCUGUUUGUCGUCGUCCCUUUCCUUCAACGAAUUUCCGAUCACCUGGAAUCGCAGUCCCACCCCCACCUACAGUUCUUGAUAGUCCCUGGGAAUAUUUCUUCUUCCCUCCUGAGCCCAUUCUUACUGAGUCACAUCUUGUUGCCGAUGAAACUGGGUCGUCAUCUUCCCCAUCAAUAAUCAAUAGCGAAGCUGGUUAUGACACUGCACGUGACGAGCUUGAUGCAUCUCAUGACCAUCCACAAGCCUCUCUUGCUUCUUCCACACCUACGACUGUCUUUCCCUAA